AUGUCAGUAGAGCUCCACGGUCCGCCCGCUCGUGUUGGCCAGGCAUCGGAGAAUAGCGACUACAACGCCAAUGAUGCCGAUCCGCAGGCCUUCCAGACUGUGCUUCAUAUCGCGGCCAUUGCUGGCCACAAUGCAAUGGUUGACAUGCUCCUCGUAAACGGAAGACUAGAUGUGGAUGUGCGGAACAGUGAAGGCAACACGGCACUGCACGUUGCCGUAUCAAAUCAACAGCUAGUUACCGUGCUACGUCUCCUGAGUCACGGCGCCGAUCCCAAUGCUGAGAACGCAGCUGGCUGGACACCACUACACACUGCAGUUCAGAUGGGAUCUGUGGACGCUGUUGGGGCACUUGUAGCGCAUGGGGGGAAUGUGAGAAAGAAAGCACCGAUGAGGAACGUGGACCUAAUAGAGUAA